GAGCACACUGCCUGCGCCCCGCCGCCAGCGCGGGGAGCGGGCUCGGCCGGGAGAAGGGACCGGCCCAGCUGCGGCUAGUGCUGGUCCGACCGCGUGCGAGCGGAGCUAACCACAUUUUUCCCUCUUCUCCUUCCUCUUCUCUUCUUCCCCCUUCCCUCCCUCUUGUCUUUGCAGCAAAUGGAGCUGCUUCUGGUGAAUAAGCUGAAAUGGAAUCUGGCUGCAAUGACCCCCCACGAUUUCAUUGAACAUUUCCUUACUAAAAUGCCUCUGGCAGAGGACACCAAGCAGAUCAUCCGUAAACAUGCUCAGACUUUUGUGGCUCUGUGCGCUACAGAUAUUAAAUUUAUUUCAAACCCACCUUCCAUGAUCGCAGCUGGCAGUGUGGUAGCAGCUGUGCAAGGCCUGCAUCUGGGGAACACUAACACUUUCCUCUCCUAUCAAUGCCUCACACAUUUCCUAUCACAAGUUAUCAAAUGUGAUCCGGAUUGUUUACGAGCCUGCCAAGAACAGAUUGAAUCCCUCCUUGAAUCCAGUCUACGUCAGGCACAGCAGCACAAUGUAUCUUCAGAAACAAAGACUGUAGAGGAUGAAGCAGACCUUUCCUGCACACCUACUGAUGUGCGAGAUGUGAACAUUUAAGAGGACUUCUUCUAAUGGGUUUGCUUGGCGAGAAAAGCAAAGAAAGGGCAUCUGAGAAGGAAUCAGCAUCAGGAUCUCCCCCCCAGAAACCCUUUUCUCCAGGACAUUUUUAUACCAGAAGGGAAAACCAGUCUUGUUAUAUUUUUUUUCUUGCUCUGUCUCCCUUCCAUCUGUGACUUCAAACAAACAAAUAAACAAAAAAUACCCCAAAAACUGUCUUAAAAAAAGAAAAAAAUAGUAUUUGCAUUACCCCCAGGGGUUUGUGCUACAAAAAUAGAGGAUUUUAUACAAUAAUAAUCAACUAGUUUUUAUAUUAAAGUGUUCUUGUCUGUAUGUUGUAAAAAUAGGCAUUAACACACAAAAUGUCUCCAGGGGAGGUAUUAGAUUUGAUUUCUUACAUAUAAAACAAACCAACCAACCAUUUUUAAAGUAGAAGAGGGUUAGGGUUUUUUUUUUUUUUUUUUUAGAUAGUAAAUGAAAUAUUCUUUUUCUUUAAAAAGCAUAGCUUUAACGCAGUUCUAGGCUUUUCUGUAUCUUGCUUGCUUAUGCAUUUAGUCACUUUAUAAUUCAUCUGUAAAUGUUUAUUUUAUUUCCUUAGGUUUUUUUAUCCUCUUCACCUUAUAAAUGGUUAACGUAACCCAUAAGUUAGUGUAUGUUAGGAUGCAGCAUUAUUAUAUGUUAAUCUUUUUUUUGUGCCUGUGGAUUGCCUGUGCAUAAGGCAUUUGUAGGGUUCCAGCUUAGCAUUGUUGGGAAAGGCCAAUGUACUACUCAUACGAUACUCUAUUAUAAAGAGAAACCGAAAUAGUGACAUAAUAUAUUAUAUUUUUGUAAUCUUCAUAUUUUUGUAGUUACCUGUGUAAAAAUGCUGGUCUGACCCCACAGAUAUUCAGCCUAAUUAUGGUCAGGUUCAAUCCACAGUUCAGUCUUUUUUUUGUUUGUUUGUAAUAUUCUAAAACCAUUCCAUUCAAAGCACUUUCAGUCCAUUAGAUAUAGGAAAUACAUUCUUUUAUUGUGUGGGAAUUUUUUUUUAAUGGAAUGGUUUGGAAAUAUAUAAAGUGCUUGUUCGCAAACUUGGAAUUGCAAAGCAAGUGCAUUUAACUAUGGUGUUAGAGGAGAGGUGAUUUUUUUUUUUUUCCGAAGGUUGUGUUCCAGUGAGAGAAAUUGCAUUCACAAAUUGCCAGGAUAUCUUCCUAUCCUUUUCUAUAGAAAAGUUGAAGUUUAGAAUCCUUUGGUGCCAACUCAUCUUUAUAAAUUAGGGGCCUUAAAGGUUCACAUAUAGGACACAUAGUUUAAGGAUUGUCGCUAGAUGUUUUACAACUGAAGGUUUUUAAACACUAAAAUAUAUAAUUUAUAGUUAAGGCUAAAAAGAAUAUUUAUUGCAGAGGAUGUUCGUAAGGCCAGUAUGAUUUGUAAAAUAAUGCAAUCGCCCCUUUUUUAAAAAAAAAAAAUCUUUCUACCCUUGAUGUUGCAGUUUUAACACAGCUUAUUAAAGAAAAAAGGACACGCUUCAAAGAACAAACCCAAAACAAAGCAGUCUAUUUGGCCCCUUCCUAUACAUUUUCAAAAGCAGUCUAACCAUGAAAAAAACGCCAUAGUUAAUAGAUAAUGAAAAUUGGAUUACUUGAAAGAAGUUCUUAUUCCAGUAUAUGCCCCACUUUUUUAUUUAGCUACAAAUAGAAAAUUUGCACAUCUUGGCUAUGUAUCUUUUUAUUAUUAUUUUAGAAAGUAGCUGAAGGGACGUGGACAUAGCUGUUGAAGUUGAUGCUCGAGGAGAAUGUGAUGGUGAAAUGUAUGUGAGAAAACUGCCGCUAAGGUGUUGAUUGUAAAAAAACAAAACAACAAAAAAACAACAAAAAACAGAAAAAAGAAAAAAAUUUUAAAACAAAAAAGAAAAAGAAAAAAGAAAAGGAGUGGAUGCUCCAUUUUUAUUGAGCUGCUAUGGAUAAAUUCCCAGCAUGGUUUGAAAAAAAAAUUAACAUUGCUUUUCUGUAUCUUUGUCAUUGUGUUUUGCUGCUAUUUUGUGGAUCAGUUUUUUUUUUUUUUUUGUUAUACAAUGUCAUAUACUGCCAUGUUAUAGGUUUUAAUUUUCUCAUAGAAAAUUAUAUUAUUGACAUCAUUUUUUUGUAGAUUUUUAUGUGAUCAAUUUUUACUUAAUGUGAUUACUGCUCUAUUCCAAAAAGGUUCCUGUUUCACAAUACCUCAUACUUCAGUUAACCGUGUCUAGACCAGGUUUUAAUGUUCGUACACAGUGCCUCAUAGUUCUACUGCAAAUGGAAAUGCAUCGAACGUUAUUCUGAAUGGGUCUCGCGAUUUGCAACUAGGUUGCAUUAAUUUAAAAACAGCAGACAUUUCAGAAGAUCAAGUAAUGUCAGUUUUUUUGUUAUGCAUUUUAUAAAGCUGGAUUCUUUGUCUGAUCUGGGGUUUAUUAUCAUAGUAGUUUUAAGCUGUGUUAUUAGCCACAUUGAUAUAUGAAAGGUGCAUUAUAAUAUAACUUUUGUAUGCCGCCUGAUGUGGUUUCCUAUCAGCUGGGACACAUCAUUUGGUAUGAUAGGUUAUCUUCUGGAACUCUUAAGUAUUUUGUGUGUUUAAUCUGUUAUGAUAUACUAGUUUUUUGUUUUGGUGGGUUUUUUUUUUUUUUUUUUUUUUUUUUUUAAUUAUAGCAUAAUGCUAAUUAAAAAAGCCUGUAAAUCUCAUAAAUAAGCCAGCUAACAGAGUUGUAUGCUGAAGAAUAAUCUAGCUGUUGCCUGUAUGCUGCUAAACCAAAAGAGAAUUAGAACUCAUUUUGAGGCAAAUGCAGUUGAGAUCCUACAUAGUGCAUAAAUAAAGUAUUACAAUGCUACUAGCAGUCGCAGGACCCAGGAGGACUGGAUACAUUCUGUCCAAAUUUCAGGAACAUUUCUUACUGCUUACCUCAUAAAACACUUCUGUUUGUGGCAUCUCUGUGUCUCUGAACCAAACAUGAUUAUUGAGUUAGUGCUUGUUGGUUUAUAUUAUGUGUUACACUGAGUGGCAGUGUGUACUGCAAAUUUCUUUAAAAUAUUGUAUGUACUAAAAGGCCAAAUCCAGAUAAGUGGGUUCAUGUGCCAACAGAGAUGCUUUAUUUGUCACAUUAUUAUAACAAUCUGUAGUAAGCAAGCAAUUCAGAUUUGUACAUUUUUAUAUUGUACUUAUUGGCAUCACUGGUCUGAAAUGCACAUUUUCACCAACAGACCUGUAACAGACAAGUUUCCAGCAAAAAAAAAAAAACUAAAGUCUAGAAAUAAAAUUGGUAAAACCCAA